UACACAGUAUGGCCGGCGAUAUUAGCUAGCGCUCGCUCUACGGUAUUCUCUGUAAAAGGGAAGACGGUAAAAACCCAAGAAAGCUACACCUUGGACUGCUAAAAGGACUGUACUAACACAUUAACUUAUAACUAUCAAGAAGAAUUCAACGUUUGUAUAAAAUAAGAACGUAAUUUCUAUUGUUGGUUUCUGUUGUCUCACGAUGGAAGAGAACGGUGCGCACUUCUUCGAAGGGACCGAGAAGCUGUUGGAGGUGUGGUUCUCCCGGCAGGAUGAGACCAAAGGAACCGCGGACCUCCGUACCAUCCCGAGGUUUGAGUGGGACAAACUUCUGGAGAAUGUGCAUUGUUUGAUCAUAAGUGUGACAAAAACUGACAAGCAGGAAGCUUAUAUACUCAGUGAGAGUAGCAUGUUUGUCUCAAAGAGACGUUUCAUUUUGAAGACAUGUGGAACUACCCUCUUACUGCAAGCACUGGUGCCUCUCCUCGAGCUCGCCCGGGAGUACUGUGGCUUUGACGCUAUUGAGAACUUCUUCUACUCCCGCAAGAACUUCAUGAAGCCCACCCAUCAGGAGUUCCCUCACCGGAACUUCCAGGAGGAAGUGGAAUUUCUCAGCCAGAUAUUUCCUAAUGGAGCAGCCUACUGCAUGGGACGUUUGAAUACUGAUUGCUGGUACCUGUUUACUCUGGAUCUGCCAGAGUUUUGGGAGAACAAGCAUGCGGAUCAGACGCUGGAAAUUCUUAUGAGUGAGCUUGACCCGACGGUUAUGGACCAGUUCUACAUGAAAGAUGGUGUUUCUGCAAAUGAUGUCACUCGUAUGAGUGGAAUUCGUGACCUGAUCCCAGGUUCAGUGAUUGAUGCCACAAUGUUCAACCCUUGUGGCUAUUCAAUGAAUGGAAUGAAGAAUGAUGGAACUUACUGGACAAUUCACAUCACUCCAGAGCCCGAGUUUUCCUAUGUUAGCUUCGAAACCAACCUCUCCCAAACCUGCUAUGAUGAUCUGAUUAGGAAGGUUGUUGAUGUUUUCAAGCCAGGGAAAUUUGUGACUACCCUUUUUGUUAACCAGAGCUCCAAAUGUCGCAGUGUCUUUUCUUCUGCCCAGAAACUGGAGGGCUUCAAGCGCCUUGACCGUCAGCUGGCCCAGUUCAAUGAUUACAACUUUGUUUUUACCAGUUAUGCCAAGAAUCUCCAAAAGAACCAGCAGAGUUGAGCCGCAAACAUGAAGAAGAAACGCAAAAAGAAAGCUUUUGGUCAGGGGCCUCCCUGGGGUGGCCCCUUGCCACUCUGCUGCCAUAGUUCUGAAUUACUGGGCUUUGAUAUCUUCUCAGGCCCUAGUGUAACCUCCAGUUUGAAUUGUAUGCAUUCUUGUAUCUAUGACUUGGAUAUCUUGCAUGAAAGCUCUUCUCUCUGUGUAGAUAUGCUAGCCCACUCUUGCUGUGAUCUUGAAGUGCAUGUAGAGGAAUUAAACACGCUCCAUAUGUGGUGGUCAAACCCCACCCCCUCACGCUUCCAGCACCACGGCCCCUUCCUGCAGGUGUCCCCCCUCAUCCCCCACAGACAGGGCUUCCGGGCCCACUAGAAUAGGGCCCUGGCUGCUCAGAUUGGAUUUCUCUGUGUUGUGUGGUUACCCACAUUCUCACCUACACUGAAAGAAACAUCAGUAGAGGACACAAUUUUCAUUCCCUUUCUCACCUUCAUCCUGAAACUAAUCUUGUUGAACUUUUUUCUUUUGGGUCAUCUGAAAAGUACCACUUUGGAGGGGGAAAGGGUGGUCUUGAACACAGGAAAUUUACUGACUUGUGCACUCAUUUGAUUUCUUUGAAAGUGUUGAAAUGAUUUGUUAAUAACCCAAGUUCAUUUUUCUGCUGUCAGGAGAAAGUGUUAGUUUGACCAGUUAACUUGGAAAUUACUUGCAUUACAGCUCAAACAGUGAAGAUCAGAGGUAAUGAGGCAGAAGUGUUCCUAUCUAAUUUUAUAAUGGAGUUUGCUGAAUUUGUCUGAAGGCUUUAAAGUCAUCAAUGGCUGAGUUUGAGUGCAUGGCCUGUUCCAGGCCAGAUGUAUCUCAGUGUGAACUGUGUUAGAGAGCCACCAGCCUCUACACUGGAUGUUGUCAGUGGUCCUCCCGGUCAUGUCGCCUAGUACUGAAUGGAAAUUGUGAAUCAGACACUUCCCCUAGCACAGUGGUUGCCCAGCAAAGCAUUUUCCCUUUUUUCUGAACAAUGUCAUCCCCACUAUGCACAGAAAUUGGUAACCACACAAUAGUCCCCAACCAGUCUGAGCAUGCCAGGGUCAUCCCGGAUCAUUCCACACACAACUGUUGCAUAAACUGCCGUUCUAUGUAUUUUUACUGUGUGCAGACGUUUUUGCAGUGAGUUGGUCCAAAAUGUGACUCUGUUGCAGUUCGGGGAGUCGCAUAAAUGCCUUUUGUUGUGCAAUGGCGAGACCCUGUGACACCGUGCUGCAUGUGACUCGUGCUAUAUUGCUUGACAGUGUUGUGCACCGCAGUGCAGCCCUGCGUGAGCUCAUCCGUGUGCUCCUCCCUCCUUUUGUGUUUUGCGGCUAUAAUGUAGUAUAUGGGGCUGUGACACUCUUGAAAUGAUUAUUUGGACAUGUGGGACCUUUUCCCUGGAGGCUGUAUUGGUUUUUAUUUUUAAUGAAAUCUGAUGUAGUUUGAAAGGAAGUUCUUGUUAAUUGCUGUAUGUUGUAGGAAGGAAACCAAAUGAAGACUAUUAGAAUGACCUACAAGGUGGCCCAGUGUCUGAAGGUUUUUUGGGAAGUGUUUUGUGGGCUUUUUCCUGUCAGAGUGCAAAUUUACUUCCAUCAGUUUGCAUGCUGGAAGAGGAAAUGAGUUACGUGUUUCUGGGCUGCUUUUGGUGUUUGUGUGUUUGGUUUCCUGUCUGAAAUGACGGACUUUCAGAACAUCAUAUGUGCUUUUGAGCAAGUAUGUUACAGGAACAGGGAGAAGGUGGUUUCUAACAUUCUUGUCAUGUCAGAAGGACCAUGAAAAUUUUAGAUCUGUAUGUACUUGAAGCAAGGAGUAUUUGAACUUGCCUCAUUCGAUGUGCUGUAAUGAUGGCUUUCUGAACAAAUGUCAGUUUUUGGAUGUGUCCAUCCACCUCCUAAGGAUCAGUUCUGGUUAGGCUCCUUGCUAGAACUGCAUUGUAUAACAGUUGAAUCCUUGAGUAGGGUUGGUGAAAGCUGUGGUUGGAGAUACUUGGACUGUAUAUGAAGUGACUGAAGACCUAAUUAGUUACUUGGAGUGGCUUGAACAGUUGGUUUGGAACAUUGCUUUUUUUUUUGUAUAAUUUAAAACUAUAUUAAAGAAGGAAGGAAAAAAAAAAAAAAA